GAGGGGAACGAAGCUCGCGCCUGGCAGUCCACGGCCGUCGCUCAGGCAAAGAUGGCUACCAUGUUGUCGCGGGCGAUCUUACUCGCGGAGAAUCUCGGCCGACUAGGCGGCGGCCCCAAGAUACUGGCUUGCAAAACCAGCCUGGUGAAACAACCGACCAGAAAUUUGAACGUACACGAACACAUUAGCUACAGUUUACUCAAUGAGGCCGGCGUGCCGACGCCUAAAUUCGGCGUCGCCAAAAGUCCCGAUGAAGCAGCCAAACUCGCUGCCGACUUGAAGACGAAGGAUAUUGUCCUGAAAGCUCAGGUUCUCGCCGGCGGCAGGGGAAAGGGCCACUUCAAGGGAACGAAUGUCAGCGGCGUGAAGAUGUGUGAAACUCCCAGUGAGGCCAAGUCACUGGCGGGCCAGAUGCUAGGCAAACUACUGAUCACAAAACAGACGGGCGAAGGCGGCAGAAUAUGCAACGCCGUAAUGGUCACGCAGCGCAUGUUUCCUCGUAAAGAGUACUACCUUGCCGUCAUGAUGGAAAGAGCCUUUGGUGGUCCCGUCAUAAUAGCCUCCAGUCAAGGUGGGGUGAACAUCGAGGAAGUCGCGGCUACAAAUCCUAGCGCCAUCAUGUACGAGCCUAUCGACAUCAAUAAGGGAAUUACGAAGGAGCAGGCGGAGCGUAUAGUAGUCAAACUCGGCCUCGAGAACGUGAAGGACUACAUUUCCAAUAUAAUUAUAAAUCUUUACCAAAUGUUCCUCAAGAAGGACGCUCUUCUCUUGGAAGUGAAUCCUCUUGCCGAGGACAUUAACGGAAAUUAUUUCGCUCUGGAUUGUAAAUGCCGGUUUGACGACAACGCCGAGUUCAGGCAAAAGGAACUCUUUAAUCUGAGAGAUUGGACACAGGAGGAUUCCAAGGAGGUCGAAGCUGCGAAAUUCGACUUGAAUUACAUCGCGCUCGACGGUAAUAUAGGUUGCAUGGUAAACGGGGCGGGUUUAGCUAUGGCCACGAUGGACAUUAUCAAGCUGCACGGCGGCGAACCGGCUAAUUUCCUCGACGUUGGCGGUGGUGCGACAGCUUCCGCGGUGAAGGAAGCAUUCAAGAUCAUCACUUCUGACCCACGAGUUCACGCUCUUUUAGUCAAUAUCUUUGGCGGCAUCAUGAGAUGCGACGUUAUAGCGGAAGGUAUUAUUGCCGCGACUAAGGAACUAAGUUUAAAAAUUCCCGUCGUCGUAAGAUUGCAGGGUACUAACGUGGACGAAGCCAAGGCUCUGAUCGCGAAUGCGGGCUUAAAAAUUGUACCAAUCGACGAUCUCGACGAGGCCGCCCGAGUCGCGGUGAAAUUGUCGACCAUCAUUAAAUUAGCUCAAUCCGAAAAUCUCAGUGUGAACUUUGAGAUACCUGCAAUUUCAUAGAUAGCAAAAAAAGAAGAAAUUAUAAUUGGUAAUAUGUUGAGAAUAUUUUUUUCGCCGAGAAUAUAAUGUACUCACAAUCGUUAAAGGAUCUUCAGGAACGGCUAGAAGAUAUAAUAACUUCAGUAAUAACUUCAUACGCGUAAUAUAUUCUCGUCAAAGAGUAACACACUUGACAUAGUUGUUUGGCUCUGCAUAACUUUACAAACGGAAAACGAGAAAGAGAAUAGGAAUACAAUUUGAACAAGUCUGUGACUUACAAAAGUGAUAGUCGACUAAUGGAUGUGGUAAAAUGUAAAAGAUGGAUGAACUACUAAUGUAUUGUUAUAUAUUUAUACAUAUGGUGAUUUUUUUCUCUUUAAACACAAUCGCAAACAUUUGUAAUACGCAGACUUGUGUAAGAUUCACGGAGUCGUAAUUUAUCGCUCUUUAUGCUCUACCGCAGGGUUCUGUGAAAAAAAUCCAGUAUUAAGGAGAUUAAAUAAUAUAAUAUCUAUAUAAUCUCGCAAGCAACCGCUGCGCACGGACAUGUGUUCUAGAAACUGUUCGAAAUCACCGAUAAGAUGUUGUUAAAGACAUCGAAAUAUAAACAUUACCAGCUGUUUCUAACAUCAAUAUAAAUAUUUGCAAUGCGGUAUUAAAUUUAUAAUUUAUUAUUAUACUGAUACUUUGUAAAUAUAAAUGUACAAAUUUGCAACUCAACGGCGCCGGUAUUUUCAUAGUCCAUUCUUACCUUAAGAUUGUCUCAAGUAUAAUGUCUUAAGAUGUUAAUACAGGUUUGUGAUGGCAGGCUGUAGAACUAGGAUAUCUUCAGGUUAUAUUUAAGUAGGUCUUAAAUGUAAGAAUUGACUAUAUAUAUACCAGAGCUAAUGGCCAAUGACGGUAUUCAUAGUCGGCAUUCAUAUUUGCUAUAAAACUAAUUAUUUUACGAUCCGCAUGAAUAAUCGUGCGUUUUUAAAUAAAAAUCAAAUAUUACCAUAUCGUGUAUAUAUAUCUACGAAAUGUCAAGAUAAUAAAAUCGUAAAAUUAAUAUUGCAUUAUGGGCUAACCGUCCAAAUUUCGAGAGUCACGUGAACAGUCCGUAAGACUGUCGAUCCUUAAUAGCAUCUUGUCGGUGUCAAAAAAAGUAACAAAGUGCACGUCUGUUAAUUUUUUAAGACGAAAACCUUUCACAAUAGCCAUUCACGAAAACCGUGGAAUGUCAAAAGUAAAAGGCCUGUUUCAUGUAACAUAUAUGUAUAUAUAUGUAUAUAUGUUACACAUAAAUUAUUUUACAUAAUCUUAAUUUGUCUUCGUUCCUUCAGCGAGCAAUUAUAUCGUUUGCACGUUAUUGUUCCUGAGUGGUGCUAAUAUUGACAUUAUCGACAUACAUUUUUAUACGAUUGUGCAAAUGAUCGUCGAACAAAUAUACAUAUAUAUAUCGUCCGUAUAUUUAUUCUCCCUGUUACACGACGUUACGACAAGGUAAUCGUUAAUACUGCCGUGUAAAGAUAUUAGGUGAUCACGAGCGCUUUAGGAAUUUCUGUAAAUACGUAAGCAUCGCUUGUUCCCGAUUGCCAGAGGACGAGACUUGCGACUUUCUCGAAGUUCUGUAUUUGCCGAAUAGAAUUAAACGAUUUGAAAUCUCCGUGCAUAA